GUUCCAAAAUGGCGGCCCUCAUGGCGCUGGUGUCCGGCUGCGGGCAGCUGUUCCGAGGGCUCCUGGGGCGCCCAGCCGUAACCAGCUGGGCUCGGCUACCAGCUCGCGGGUUCAGGGAAGUGGUGGAGACCCAGGAAGGGAAGACAACUAUAAUCGAAGCCCGCAUCGUAGCGACACCCAAAGAGAGUCCAAAUCCCCCUAAUCCCACAGGCCAGUGCCCCAUCUGCCGCUGGAACCUAAAGCACAAGUACAGCUAUGAGGAUGUUCUGUUGCUCAGCCAGUUCCUGCGGCCCCACGGCGGCAUGCUGCCCCGGAGUGUGACAGGACUGUGCGUGGAGGAGCACCGCAAGGUGGAGGAGUGUGUGAAGAUGGCCCACCGAGCAGGUCUGCUCCCGAAUCACAGGCCUCAGCUUCCCGAAGGGUUUGUCCCGAAGAGCAAGCCCAAGCUGAACCGCUACCUCACCCGCUGGUCUCCACGCUCUGUCAAGCCCAUCUAUAAAAAAGGCCACCGCUGGGACAAGGUGCGCAUGGCUGUGGGGUCACCACUCCUGAAGGACAACAUCUGCUACUCCAGCCGGCCUUGGAAGCUGUACCACUGACUCACACCUGGCCCAAGCACCUCCUGACUGCCCCACCAGGCCAGCCUGGCCCCCUCCAGCACCCGCGGCACAGGGGACAGUAGGACCAUUUCAGUGCCUGGGCCUCACACAGCAACGGUGGUGGCCUGACGGCUGUGGGCUAUGCCCAGUACUAGGGACAGUUUCACUCUAAGGAUUGUCAUUCAUCAGCCAGGCUCACGGCCUUCCCGCUGACGGUGUGCUCUCUGCUGGGGAGGUAGGGGCCCUGGGUACCACUGGGAAAGUCUGCCACACGGUUCCCGCUGCCAAGAACAGCACUGUGCUCUAGUCUUGGGGCUGUAGGAGGGAGGUGCAAGAGCUGCAUGGUCCACACGUCACUCUCAUCUGAGCCUCAGAAGCAGCCAUCCUCACGAGUCCCUGGCUGUCACCUCCCACCAUUGUCUUCCGUAGCAGUGUCUCCGUUACCGUAUUACAUUUCUUGGCCACUGCUU